GAUAGACGAGCGCCCAAAAAACCACUUCGUAUGCCCAUCUUCUGUACGAUCAACAGCGGGACACACCAACAAAAUCAAUCUACCCUUGUCUACAAAUCGGCCCGUUACGGUACUGUGAAUUAUGCAAUUUCCGUUUGGAGAAAAUCCGUGAACGAUGAUGGUUAAGACGUACCAACUCUCGAUUUAGUGUUACCAUCUGCGGGUUGCUCAAGAAUGACAUCUCUUUCACACGGAGAAGAUGGCUGCGAAACUUGCGUCUGAACCGAAUCGAGCGUCUAUUUCGCCAUGGUCCCCAUCAAUGAUGAACGUGACACAAGAUAGAAGAAACGGAGAUGUCAAAAUAACGCAUGAUGUUAGCGAAUGUGAUGGCUUCUAUCUCCGGAACACUGAUAGAGACCUCAUCGAAUGCACCUCAACAGAAUGUCACCUGGCUCGGCAACAAGUCCCAUGUAUCGUCAAAUCUUGAAGUGCUGCAUCCCUUCUGGCUUAAUCUGCUGAUACUCAUCUUUAAGUCUUUCGUUAUGGGUACCAUAAUCAUAAUGGCUGUGCUCGGUAAUGCUCUGGUUAUCAUAAGUGUUUACCGCCAUAGAAAACUGAGAGUGAUUACGAACUAUUACGUGGUUAGUCUGGCGAUGGCCGACAUGUUGGUAGCACUGUGUGCUAUGACUUUCAAUGCUAGUGUUGAACUGACGGGAACGUGGCUGUUCAGUCCUUUUAUGUGCGAUAUGUGGAACUCGUUCGAUGUUUAUUUUUCUACAGUGUCGAUAUUGCAUCUGUGCUGCAUCAGUGUCGAUAGAUACUACGCCAUAGUUCGACCCUUGGAAUACCCCAUAACCAUGACACACAAAACUGUUACGUUCAUGUUGGCCAACGUGUGGAUCCUUCCCGGUCUGAUCAGCUUCAUGCCGAUCUUCCUCGGUUGGUACACGACCAAAGAGCAUCUGGAGUUUCUGGAGCAGCAUCCCCACGUCUGCAACUUCGUGGUGAACAAAUACUACUCUCUGAUAAGCAGCUCGAUGAGUUUCUGGAUACCGGGGAUCGUUAUGGUCACCAUGUAUUGCAGGAUAUACAAGGAGGCGACGAGACAAAGGAAGGCGUUGUCGAGGACAUCUUCGAACAUCAUUCUCAACUCGAUACAUCAGCACCGUACGUCAUACAGAGAGAGGUACGCCGAGAGAUAUGGAGACCACUACCUCCACCCAUCGGACGGAGAACUAACCACAGUGGGUCAGAUCAACGGUAGAAGGAGCACAAGUUCCGGAUCAGCCAUUUCGUAUGGGACGACGCUGACGGAGAUCAACACUGCCAUGAACAGCAGGGAUAACAGCAAGGCGGCUACGGAACUCAAUAUCAACGGAACCACAAUAAGGCAACAGUCGAAGACUUGGAAGGCAGAGCACAAAGCAGCAAGAACCCUGGGUAUAAUUAUGGGAGCUUUUAUGUUAUGCUGGCUGCCAUUUUUCCUUUGGUACGUGAUAACAACUCUAUGUGGAGAUAAGAACUGCCCCACUCCCGACUGGGUGGUUGGAAUGCUAUUCUGGGUGGGCUACUUCAACUCAGCCCUCAACCCCCUGAUCUACGCCUACUUCAACCGUGACUUCAGAGAGGCGUUCAAGGACACGCUGCUCUGCACGAUGCCCUGCUGUUUUGCAUGCUGGAAGAACCCAGCCAGAUACCUCUAGCCAAAGGAUCUGUCGCCGGCUUGCAGAGAUGAGAGGCUUUGAGCCUGUAGAUCUUGUAGGGCCGUAGCGGCUAGCUUAAGAAGAUUGCGCAAUAAUCUAGAACUGCUCACAGUUGUGUUUCGUUGCCUAGUUGUAAAUUUUUUUUAUGGGGUUAGUCGUAUGUCACUAGAGGGGUAGAUUCUCAUUUGGGAAGGUUCUUGUCGUUGAGUGUUGGUCAUCUCAUGGAUUAGGCCAGAUUUGUUUGAGGAAACGCCAUAGAUGAAUUGGUUGGUGCUACUCUCAAUCUUGAGUUACUUUCAGUUUGGAAGAUAUGGUAGUUAGAUUCUUCUGACUUUUGGAUGACUCUAAAAACAUGUGAUGAACGGAAAACUUGAGUAAUUCUUCAUGGUGACCUUGUUCUUUCCAAAGAGAAGCAUCCUGAUUAGCUCCCACAUUCUGAAGAGAUCCCAAAAAAAUGUUUUGCUAAAAAGGAUUUUCUUUUUAUCUAUCUCAGUGGGAGAUACACUUAUUGAGCCAUGACUUUCUCAAGAGUGUUAUUUGGGUAAUUUCUCCCUCAAUUACAUUCUUCAGGUCAUUUUAGGUUCUUCGGCAAUAUCUGAGAACCUUGGAAUCGAGACAACUCACAGAGACUCAAAUCAAAGCAGCAUGCAGCCUCUGAAGUUGCUGAUGCUGAGAGAUCACCAGGCUUGAAAACAUCUCCUACAGAAUAGCUCUUGGAUGUAGCCCAAUAUUGUUUGAAUCAGAAGCUUUUUGGAUCAUGCAGGAUCAGUUUUUGGGCAUAAAAAAGUCCCCAGCAUGUCACAGUUUUGCUCAGAGUUAAUUGAAACGCUGACAUCAACUUUUUUCAGAAAACUAAGGCCCAGGGUUACUAAUAUUCGAGACAGACAGACCUACUGCCCCCUACUGUGAAUUUUGGGCUAAGGAGAAGUCUUUUGGGUUCCUUCGUUCUUCAGAGUGAAUUUUUGCAAUGUGGGAGCUUACCAUGGAACAACUUUGCUUAAAAGUGUGAAUAUGUUGAAUUCUGCGAUUUUUAUGAAUCUGUUAAAAUUCAUAUCUUGAGUCUCCCAAAAUAGAGAAUACCACCAAUCAAUUACACUCGUAUAUAGUAUUACAACUGGAAAAAAAGAGAAAAGAAAAUCUAGGAAAAGAAGCAAUAAAAGGACAAGUAAAUUUCUUUCAUCCAAAGAUCCUUCUCGUAUUGGAUACUUGAUAGCGAAUUGGUGGAGAAACUUCAAAUUCCUGCAAUAAGCUCCUGAUUACGACUAGAACCUACAAGUUACAUUAUAGAGAAUUAUUUGUGUGUUCACCAACACAGUAAUGUUCCUCCCACGAGGAUACAACAACUCAAAUGAUUAUUGUUGACGAUCGCAAAUGCUAAACAGUUUCCUGUUGCAGCAAAAAGACACGUAGUUUGGAGUUAAAAUCCUCACUAGUGCCAUCUGGCUGUUUCUAAUCCAGGUAAAAUAUUCCCAUAGGGCCAAUAACAGAUUUUGAUGAUGUUUUUUUUGUAGAUACACAUUUUCAUGAGGAAUUGAACAGUAUUUGUCUCAAUUUAGGGAGUAUAUGAUUUAGGAGAUAUAAUUUUUUGAUGGCCCCUUUUUUACUAUAUUAUUUCUCCCAAUAUUUUCAAUAUAGGUCAAUGAGUAUUAUUUAUCCAAAUUCACAUACACAGUUUCCUAUAACAGGGGAUUGGUUCCUCAACUAGACAUAUGGAGCAAUGCGCCUCAGGACCCUGUAAACAGGGUGUUCCUAAAUUGGAGGUACGAACAAAAAUAUAUAUUUGAGUUGAAUAUUUUGUGAAGGGA